AUGCCUCCAAAUCCAAGUUUCAAUUGGUCGAAAUUACAAAAUGUUUAUUAUAAUAUAAGGAUAUUAAAUGAUGAAUUAAAAUGGAAUAUUGAUAAUAUAUACAAUAACUAUCAAAUUGCGUUAUCUCCAAAUUCAACAUUAAUUGCAUUAGCUUCAAAACUGAAUAAUGGCCACCCCAAUUUAAUUGAAAUUUAUUCAACUAGUGGUAUUAAAAUAUCAUCAAUUAUUUAUAACUCUUCAAAUACAGAUUAUAUAAAUACAUUUUUAUUUAAAGAGGAGGAUUUGGUUGUUAUUUUAAAUAAUGGGAAAUAUCGAUAUUAUGAUGAUUUAAUGGGGAAUUUUAAUGAGUUUAAUUUCUUAGAUGGUUUAAAUUUUAUGACAAAUAUUAAAACGGAAGCUAAAGAAGAUGUCAAUAGUAGAUUAAUUACUAAUUUAGAAAACAAUGAAACUGAAGAAAUUAUAAAUAUAAUUGAAGUUAAAAUAUUUCAACAAUUUAUGUUCAUACGACUUGAAAAUAAGUUAAUUAUAACUGAUUUAGACAAUUAUGUUAAUUACGAAAUACCAUUAGGUGGUUAUUCACUGGUUGAUAUAACUACAUUCACUAUUUCAGAAUCUCAAAUCAAUUUCACUUAUAAAAAUACAAUCAUCACCAUAAAAAUUGACUUGUUAUUAAAUUCAUAUGAAUUCAUAGAUCAAGAAUUAACAGAUGGUCCAUUUAAUAAAAUUUCAAUAUCACCUAAUGGUAAAUUAAUAUCACUACAACAACAAAAGAAGAUAUUUGUAAUUAGUUCAAAAUAUGAUCAAGUUUUAUUAGAAUAUGACUGUUCAAAUGAGUCGAGUUUACCUUAUCAAAUUGAAUGGUGUGGUAACGAUGCAAUAAUAUUAAGUUUUAAAGAUGAGAUAAAAUUAAUAGGUCCGUCACAGCAAUCAAUUUCUUUCUUUUAUGAUAUUGAAGAUGAAGAAGAAUUUGAUUUGAAUAAUUUGUUAACAACAAACCUAGAUUACACAAUACCAAUACUUCAAACAUGUUCAGAUGGGUUAAGAAUUAUCACCAGUAAUAAAAUACAGAUCCUAUCUCGAGUUUCUGACAAGUUUGUAGAUAUGUAUCAAAUUGGAUCAACUGAACCAAGUAGUUUAUUAGUAGAUUGUAUUGAUAAAUUUCAAACAAAUGCAAGUAAAUCAAAUGCAAAUAUAUCAUUAUUACAAAAUGAAAAUCUACUACUCAAGGCAAUUGAUGAUUGUUUAGAUGUUGCAUUGGAAGAAUUUAAUGUAAUCUGGCAAAAAAGAUCAUUGAAAGCUGUUUCAUUUGGGAAGAUUUAUUAUAAUGAUGUUUUUGAUUCUGAUAAGUAUCUUAAUGUGCUUAAUUCAGUCAAGGUGUUGAAUCAAUUACGAUCUCCAGAAAUUGGUCUAUUCCUUACUUAUAAUGAAAUUUUAGAAAUUGGAUGGGAAAAUGUAAUUAAAAUGUUAUUAAGAAGGAAUCAACAUGCAUUAGCUAUUAAAAUCAUUGAAAUUUUAAAAUUGUCCAAUGUUAAGCCAUUAGUGUAUAUUCAUUGGUGUUGUUAUAAAAUUAGAAAAGAAAUGAAUAUGUCAGAUGAGGAAUUAUACAAAAUCAUUUACGAGAGAUUGACAUCCAUGACUAAAGGUAAGAAUUUAAUUUCAGUUGAGGCUAUUUGUGAUAUUGCAGAUGAAGAAGGAAGGACAAAUUUAUGCAAAUUAUUAAUCAAUCUUGAACCAAACAUAAUUGAAAAAAUUUUAAAGUAUAUUGAGUUUGAUAAUUUGGAAUUAGCAUUAAUUAAGUCAUUCCAAUUUGGUGAUUUUGAUCUUAUGAUAAGUAUACUAUAUUACCUACAGAAUAAAUUAUCAAUUUCACAAUUUUUCAAAAUUUUAAAUCAGAAUGAGAUAAUUGAAUCAAGUGAAAUUAAUGAAAUAUUACCUAUCUCAGGAGAGUUAUUAGGUUCAAAUUGGUCAAAGACAUUGGGAAAGUCAUCAGAGUAUCUUGAGAAAUUCCUUAAACAUGAAGAUAAAUCAGACGAAUUGAUAUAUUUAAGAUUGAAUAAUUUUUGGACAUCAGAGAAUAGUGAUUACUACAACAGAUACAAAGAAUUACUUACCAAAUAUGCAAAUAAAUCAAAGAUUAAGCGAAUACAAAGGUCAUUUAGUAGAGAGUUACAAGUACUUGAUUUACAAAAAAAAAUGAAUGAAAUUUAUCAAACUGAAUCAUUUUAUAAUGAAACUUCACUAGUUAACAUCCUUAUAAAACUUAUAAAAAUGAACCAAAUCAAAACAUGUCAGAAAGUAAUCAAAGAAUUCAACAUUUCCCAAGAAAAACUAUGGUUUCUUAUUCUUAAUACUUAUUCAACAUUAGAGGAAUUUGAUAGAUUAUAUGAAUUUGCAUUUGGUUCAAUGGAUUCAAUUACUGGUAAAUCUCCAAUUGGAUUUGAGCCAUUUGUUGAUUCUGGUUUUAAAAAUGGUGCUCCUAAGUCACAUAUAUCUACUUAUAUUAACAAUAGUACAAAAUAUAAAUAUGGAGAGAAAGUUAAUUUGUUUAUCAAGAAUGAUGAUUUUGAAGGUGCUGCUAAUGAAGCUUUUAAAAAUAAAGAUAUUGAAAUUUUAAAACAUUUGGAGAAAUUGAAUCCAGUUGAUAGAUUAGUAAAGCUGUAUAUUCAAAAAUUAGGUUAUUAA